UCAAAUGUCAUAUCGUUGUUUCGUAAAUGAUAUUUAUUAUUUAGUACCAAAAUUAUUAAACUAAUACAAAAUUUGUUUAUAUAAAUAUUUAAAAAUAAUAAACACGCCUCAAAGCUGACUAAAAUAGUUUAAGUUACCUACCAAUACAUAAAACAUGUAUAAGUAAGGUUAGUUAUCUAAUUUGUAGGCAUCAUAGUAGUCAUAAAAAGUAAGAACCAAUAAUCAAUGGCACCAGGACGAAAAACCGCUGUCCGAGGAAAGCGAUCAAAUAAUCAUGUCCCAAGGAAUUAUGCUGAAAGAUUACAAGAUUUAAGUAUACAGUCAUCGGAUGAUACAGACUCCAGUAGUAAUAGCACAGAUGAUGAAGGCAUUGAAGCGGAAUUUACAGUUAGCAUGUGGGAUUUGAAUCAUUGUGAUCCCAAAAAAUGUUCCGGGCGUAAACUAUUGCGUCACAAUCUCAUAAAUAAUCUUAAACUAGGACAGAAAUUUCAAGGGCUUGUUUUAUCUCCUGUUGGCAGUCAAUGUGUAAGCCCUAAUGAUAAAGACAUUAUUGAGAAAUUUGGCAUAGCAGUUAUAGAUUGCUCUUGGGCAAAAAUUGAUGAAACUCCAUUUAGUCGGAUGAAAUCUCCAAAUCCUAGGCUGUUACCAUUUUUAGUAGCAGCAAAUCCUAUAAAUUAUGGGAAGCCAUAUCAACUAAGUUGUGUUGAGGCAUUAGCGGCCGCAAUGUUUAUAUCAGGACACAAGAAAGAAGCUAAAUUUUACUUGUCUAAGUUUUCAUGGGGUCAUUCUUUUUUAGAACUAAAUUCAGAUGCAUUAGACUUGUAUUCAAAUUGUACAGAUAGUAAAAGUGUACUGGAGGCACAGAAUACAUAUUUAGAAAACGUCAAAAAUGAGAAGGAUACUAGAUCUAUGUGGCCACCAAGUGAAUCUGAUUCCCAAACCGACAGUGAAGACAAUAAAUUAUGACAUUUAUAAAAAACAACCAAUGUGAACAACCCAUGUUUGUAUGUUUACUUCUAAAUAUUGUACAGUUCUGUAUGAAAUGUAAAUGAAUGUCAAUGCCUAUAAUAAA